GGCUAAAGGUACAUCAGAUAAUGACGCCUGGGGCCAAAACCCCGGUGCCACAGCUGGGAAGGCCUGACCGGGGAUUCCAGGGCCAGGAGAGGAGCAGGCAGAGCUGUCUGAGUUGGCUCUCCAGCUGAGGCCUCUCUGGGGAGGGUCAGGCCACCAGAAAAGUCUCCUGCUUUUGCUGCCUAUUGGCGAUGAGUGGACACCCAUCCUGGAUCCCCAUGGGGUCUGUGGGACUCGGAGUAAACAGCGGCGCUCAGGGCUCCCCUGAGGAGGUUCCUGCAGCUGCUUCAAAGCCCUGGCACAGCCUGGGCGUCCUCCAUGUCUCCUACAGCGUCAGCGACCGCGUUGGGCCCUGGUGGGACAUCACAUCUCGCCGGCAGCAGUGGAACAGGCAGAUCCUCAAAGACAUCUCCUUGUACGUGGAGAGUGGGCAGAUCAUGUGCAUCCUAGGGAGCUCAGGAUCCGGGAAAACCACGCUGCUGGACGCCAUGUCCGGGAGGCUGCAACGCAAGGGGACCCUCCUCGGAGAGGUGUGCCUGAACGGCCGCACGCUGCGCAGGGAGCAGUUCCAGGACUGUUUCUCCUACGUCCUGCAGAGCAACACGCUGCUGAGCAACCUCACCGUGAGGGAGACGCUGCUCUUCACGGCGCGGCUGGCCAUCCGCGGCGGUCCCCCGGACUUCUUCCAAAAGAAGGUGGAGGCAGUCAUGGCCGAGCUGAGUCUGAGCCACGUGGCAGAUCGACUGAUUGGCAACUACAACUGUGGGGGAAUCUCCAACGGUGAGCGGCGCCGGGUCUCCAUUGCAGCCCAGCUCCUUCAGGAUCCCAAGGUCAUGCUGUUUGACGAGCCAACCACAGGCCUGGACUGUGUGACUGCGAAUCAGAUCGUCGUCCUCCUCGCCGAGCUGGCUUCCAGGGAUCGCAUCGUGAUCCUCACCAUCCACCAGCCCCGCUCCGAGCUCUUCCAGCUUUUUGACAAAAUCGCCAUCCUGAGCAACGGAGAGCUGGUUUUCUGCGGCACACCCACGGAAAUGCUUGAUUUCUUCAAUGGCUGCAAUUACCCUUGUCCCGAACAUUCAAACCCUUUUGACUUUUACAUGGACCUGACAUCAGUGGAUACCCAAAGCAGAGAGCGAGAAAUAGAAACCUACAAGAGAGUCCACAUGAUUGAAUCUGCCUACAAAGAGUCAGCAAUUUAUCAGAAAACUUUGGAGAAUGCUGAAAGAACAAAACACCUGAAAACAUUACCAAUGAUUCCUUUCAAAACCAAAGAUUCUCCCGGAGCGCUCUCUAAACUGGGUGUUCUCUUGAGGAGAGUGAUGAAAAACUUACUGAGAAAUAAGCUGGCAGUGAUCAUGCGUCUCAUUCAGAAUCUGAUCAUGGGCUUGUUCAUCAUUUUCUACCUUCUCUGGGUCCAGAAUGAUUUGCUCAAGGGUGCUGUCCAGGACCGCGUGGGCCUCCUGUACCAGUUUGUGGGUGCCACCCCGUACACUGGCAUGCUUAAUGCUGUGACUCUGUUUCCUGUGCUGCGAGCUGUCAGUGACCAGGAGAGUCAGGACGGCCUGUACAAGAAGUGGCAGAUGCUGCUGGCCUACAUGCUGCACGUCCUCCCCUUCAGUGUCUUUGCCACUGUGAUCUUCAGCAGUGCAUCCUACUGGACUCUUGGCUUAUACCCUGAGGCUGCCAGAUUUGGAUAUUUCUCUGCUGCUCUCUUGCCCCCCCACUUAAUUGGUGAAUUUCUAACUCUUGGGCUACUUGGUAUAGUCCAAAACCCAACUGUAGUCAACAGUGGAGUGGCUCUGCUGUCCAUAGCUGGAGUUCUUGUUGGAUCUGGAUUUGUGAGAAACACAGAGGAAAUGCCCAUUCCUUUUAAAAUCCUCAGAUAUUUUACAUUCCAAAAAUAUUGCUGUGAGAUUCUUAUAGUCAAUGAGUUCUAUGGACUGAAUUUCACUUGUGGUACCUCAAAUGGUUCUGUGGCAACUAAUCCACAGUGUGCCUUCACUCAAGGAAUUCAAUUCAUUGAGAAAACCUGCCCAGGUGCAACAUCCAGAUUCACAAAGAACUUUCUGAUUUUAUAUGCAUUCAUUCCAGUUCUUGUCAUCUUAGGAAUAGUUGUUUUUAAAAUAAGGGAUCAUCUCAUUAGCAGAUAGUAAAAUAAAUUGCUGUGAAAAUGUAACUUACACAGCACCUUAGAUAUGCAUAACUGCUCUGAAUGUCUGAAAUAAGAUAUUAUUUCUUGAUAUUACAUCUUAAGUCUUUUAACUGUUUUGGAUCCAUGCAGGCCUAGAAUGCAAUGGAAAUGGUUCACUGUCUCUUGCUAUUGCACCUUGCAGGGAAAUGUAGUAUGUGGAAAUUAUGACUUGGCUGGUCCAAAAAUGUAAACAAUUAAAAUUCAUAAACAUAUGAGAGGCUAGCAUGAGCAAUUUGUUUUCCUUGUUCUAGUCAUAAAAAUGUAGAUUUUUUUUUAGAAAAUUAUGCUCACAUUUAAUAAAGAA